AGGAGAUUGCCAUCACUAUUCUGAUAUGUGUACUUUAUCCUCUACUCACUGCCAUUGAUGGCAGACAAUUUAAGGCGUCAAAAUAUUUUUAAUAAAAACUGUUACACGCUUAUAUUGUGUGGGCAAAUUGAGGGACAUUCCAAAAAAUAAUAUUUAGUGUUUAGUGAUGGUGAAUUGUUGUGUGCAUGGCUGCAAAAGUCGUAGCGAACGAAAACAACCAAACAUAACCUUUCAUCGUUUUCCAAAUGAUCCAAAUUUAUUACUUAAGUGGAUUGAGUGUACGGGUCGAGAUAACUGGCAACCAAGUCGUCACUCACGCAUUUGCUCACAACAUUUUGCAGAUAGCUGCUUUCGACACAAAUUACAUAAAACCCACUUAAAUCCACGUGCAUCACCCACACGUUUCAUUAAGAUUAAAAUCGACGAAAUAAAAAAAAUAAAAAUGGUGUCGUGUUCUGUGCCCGAGUGUGAUGUUACAAGAAUGAAUAAUCCCAAUCAAUAUACGUUUCUCAGGUUUCCUCGCAAUCCAGCAUUGCGUGAGAAAUGGAUACGGAAGUUGAACAGACCAGGUUGGACACCAAGCGUGAACUCGACUGUCUGUAGCAAACAUUUUGACGGAAAAUGUUUCAUACAAAGGAAGCAUCGUCGGGUACUAAUGAAAGACUCGAUACCGACAUUAUUUGUACCUACUGGAGCCGAGUCACGGGCGUCAACUGAAUGUAGAAUGAUAGUUAACACGUACAAACGCAUUCGCGAGACGUGGCCCGAGAGCGAACCGAAGUUCAGGACCAGGAUAUGCAAGAAGACGGCUGCCGUCCUCAGAAUAAGUCUCGCGAAGCUGUUUCGGGUCUUGAAUAAGACCGGAGUCGAUUAUUCCGAUGAGCUGAUAAGGCCAAGUACUCCAACAGAGCUUGGUGAUGGAGACGCGGGUGACACCAGUGCCAAAAAUAAUAAUGAAAUAAAAGAGACCCCGGUGAAAAGUAAACAACAAAGCGAAAUCCAUGCCAAAACUGACAGUAAAUUCCAUGAAAACCCAGCGAAUAACAUGCAAGUAGAGUUAACGCAAGUUGGUAUACAUCAACAAACAAACGAACAGAAAACGCAAACGGCCAGGCCUAGCGUGUACCCGAAGAUUUCCGUGCGGACGAAUCUGCACACACCUCUCCUCCCCGAAGUCGAUCAAGCCGAGGAUAACUCGAUGCAAGUAUUGCUGGAGCAUUACGAGUGUCCCUUGUGCAAGCUUCUGUAUCCCACGAGUGGGAAGGCCGUGGAGCAUAUGCAGAGCUGUCACAGUAGAGAGGGCAUAAGUUCAGACUGCAUCAGGAAGGUGGCCGUGCAGAAUUGUCCGCUGUGCAAGAAGACAGUUAAAUCGUUGCUAAUGCACCAAUGUGACGGUGAGAAGCUGUUUUUGGAGACGAGCGCUUACCACUGUGCCGUGUGCAAAAAGGUGUCUACUACGAUCAGGGCGUUUGACAAUCAUGUGAUGAAGAUGCACGGGGAGGUGCAGGAGACCAUGUAUUUCCCGAGUUUUUCUGAUUUCCUAACAUGGAAAAAAUACAUGGAGAAGGAAUCGGGGGUGCAGUACACGGUGGUGGAAGAGCACGACAGCAAAAAGUUCUACCGCUGCGAGUCCACCAACAGAACGAAGGUGGAACUGUGCCCCGGCCUGAUGGUCGCCCAAGAGUUCGGCAAUGGCGUACACGCUGUGCUGUAUGAGGCUCACGUGUGCGGUCAGAAAAAUUACACAAUGGAGGCGAAAUACAAGAAAUACUGCAUCUCCAAACUGCUCAAACCGGUGGAGGGAUACGUAUCGACUAAAGUGCUAACGGACGACAGUGACCAAUACUUACAGUUCAAAACGUUGCUAGAAAACAUUGUGGUUGACGCGGCGAAAAUUAACAUAGCCGGCUUGAAGAUGCUCAUGAGUAAAGCCCUGGAAAUGACUUCCAUUUUGACCAACUACGAUGAAGAGGUCGAGGAAAGUGUGGAUAAGCAGUACAAUUUAUCGGAUGCGCAGAUCGCGGACGCGCUACAGGACACCAAGCGGAGUAGUGAUGAUGAUGACGACGCUGGUGAAGCGAAGAGGCCCAAAUUCGAAACGAUGUCCCCGAUGAUCCUGAAUACAUUCUCGUUAGCGAAUGUUCGAGUCAAGAGUGACAGCGAGACGGCCGGCAACGACACAAUCGACGAUAUUGAUGCGGAAAUAUUGAAAAGCAACAUGGAACGUAAUAAAUGCGCCGAUGGGGAUAACUUGAAAGAAUCCAGUGACGGUCAGAACGCAGCGGACAGCAGUAAAGUGACCUUCAACGAUACAUACAAAGAUUUCGUCACAAAGAACUUUGUUCACAGCGACAAACCAUACAAGAGCCAGUGGCCGCGGCCGCGGGUGAAAAGACCGGUCGUCAAAACAAAGAUUGGACAAUUCAAUCCUGCCAGAUUGUCUUCGAACACCAGUCAGCACGGUGAUAAACAUAAUCCGUCUGCAAAGAGUGAUAAGGACAGUGUUAGUGAUGUAAUUAGAGAUUCCAAAGUGGAAUCCAAAAAUGUGAACUCGGUGCCUAGUGCGUUCCCAAAAAAAGUGGAUUUUGAAUAUGAAGUGAUUGAACAAGAAGCCGGCUAUAAUAUUUUAGUGUUAAAAGUUUAAUGGAGCUUCCGAAUGGUGAUAUUGUGGAUAAGUUUUGUAUUGUCUCAGCUCUUUUAGCAAGUGUUCACAUUUUUAUGCAAUUGAUGCAUUUUUUUAUUCUAUAAAUGGCGUCACGCGGUAGGGUAUCACUGAAAUGUGACUAUUUCAUGGUCAAGAGCUUUAUGAAGUCACAUGAUAAUAUAUAAAAUACCUAUGUGCUAAUAUGUGAAAUUUAAAAUAUUGCGAACUCGAUCUGAAUAGAUUGUUUCGCUUAUUUCUUUUAAUUUUAUUUAGAGAAAUCAAUAAGGAUUCAGUUUUGUACAUAUACGGUUAAGUAAAACCAGUAUUACAUUCUAUCUUGAGAGAUUGCAAACAUUCUAAAAUUUGUGAGCCUAAAUAUGACGACUUGCAAUUUAAUUAAUUUGGAAUCUAUCCUGAUAAUAACAUCAUCAUACUUAUAUAGAUUCAGAUAGGUUCAGAUUAUUUAACAGUGUUAAAUAAAUAAAUUAAUAAGAAUAGUAAUUUAAUUUUUGUCUGCAAUAUUACUAUUAAUUUGUCAAGUUAAAUUUUUUGUAAAGAGUUGAUUGUAUGAGGCAAUGAUAAUGUUUUAUUUCAUUAGAUGGACAAUAAUAUGAAUAAAUGUGUACCUAAUAAAUAUAAAAUUGAUGAUUGGCACAAUUGGUAGGUAUUUCGUUGUAAAUAUAGUUUUUAAAUGUAAAAUUAUGUAAAUACUAAUUUAUGUAUCCAAAUUUGAAUAAGGAAGAAAGACCUCGUUUUGGCGCCAAUUUUUUUUUUUACUGCAGUCAAAAUAAUGCUGAAAUCUUUUAACAGAGUAGAAUCGACUUGGUUGAUUACAUUUUAAAUAUUUAAUCUAAUCGUGUUCCAAAAUAUUUGUUACGUUAGAUAAUAAGUUGGUUGUAUUAAACAUUUUAUA